AUGGAGCCUCCGCCGCCGAUUCCAGCCGCAAUUGAGGAACAGGGGUACCGGUCGCGCCCUUCAUCCCGGCAUUCCAUACGGUGGAAGGAUUGCUCCGAUGAUGAAGGGGCUCAGUCCGACGUCGGGGGUUACAAGACUCCAAAGAGACCAAGUUCUAUCACUACUGAAUCUACCACUGCUUGGGAGCUUUCACCCGUGGAGGGCGCUGCUGGGCCUUCCAAUUCUGCACGUGGCCGCCGCAGAAGGGGCGGUUUUUUUAGCGCGGGGAAUCAUUCAGGAAGUUCCCUUGAAAACGCUUACGAGUAUGAUGUGACAGCUACCUCUGCGAGAGCGAAUAGGCCGUCGGGCGAUUAUUCUACGGGGGAUGAAACGGAAACGCCAUUGCCAGCCAGGAGGCAAGGGUUCUUUUCUAGACUGAAGAGUUUCGGUUCGGGGAAUGGGAUACACGGGAGAUCACAAUCUGGAUGGACGAUAGAGAGUGCGGGCGAUGGCGCUACCCCUACUGGCCCUCUCUCACCUGUACCAUACUCGCCCGCUGUUGGUGGGGCUCUUGGUGGGGACGAAGAGCUCGAGGACACGGAUCACACAGUGGGAGGGAGAUCUGUCCGGUCGGCUACCCCCGAGGGGUCACGGACAGUCCCUGGGACACCGCGGGCACCGCAUGGGCCUCGCAGAAGGGCUACAAUCACUAAUAUCCCGGAAGAAGCGGGGACACAGAGUGAUCGUGGAUAUUCUUCACGGAGAGCUUCUUUCCGUAGAAUAACGCAGUUCAAUCAUCGCCGGUCCCAUGAUGGCGGCGAGGGCUCGCCAACUACGCCUGUAUACGGUAGUGGAUGGAGGGCUUUAAAAGCCGGAUUUAAGAUGAUGGGGCCGCGGAAGAAGGAGGAAUCAAGGGUCGACCGUGAAAAGUCUGCUGAGCUCGUUGCGGAAUUGACAGCUGCAACACCGGCAGCCGUCAUCUUAGCCAGCAUGUUCCAGCGAGAUGAGAAUGGCAAUAAACGCAUACCCAUCCUUCUGGAACAACUCAAGGUCAAGAUUGCGGAAUCAAAUCCUACGUCAAAAGGUGCUGGCAGGGCUCACACGACCUUCCGUAUUGAACUGGAGUAUGGAUCGGGCCUAACAAGGAUGCAAUGGGUGAUUCACCGGGAGUUUAGAGACUUUGUUAAUUUGCACUCGAGGUAUCGUCUUGCAGAUAUAAGCAAUACAACGUUCGGAGGAAGGGAUGCCUAUAAGCUCCCCAAGUUUCCGCGGUCGACAAUUCCAUAUCUCAGGGGUGUCCGAGGCCUUGGGAGUGAGGAUGAUAGCGAGUCGGACAAUAGCGGGGCCGAGGGAAAUGCUAGAGGCGACGCGGGUGCUGCCCAAUUGGAAGAUUAUUUGCGCUCGCUCAUUCGCAUCAUGAUCUUCAGGCCCGACUCAAACCGGUUGUGUAAAUUCCUGGAGUUGUCUGCCCUCGGUGUUAGGCUUGCGGCUGAAGGGAGCUAUCAUGGGAAGGAGGGGUAUUUGAUAAUUCGGUCUUCGAAAGGGAGCGAUUAUCGGAGGGUAUGGAAUCCGUCGGCAGUGGCUAAACGACAUUCGCCGAAAUGGUUUUUGGUUAGGCAUAGUUACAUUGUUUGUGUCGAUUCCCCGGAAGAGAUGAAUAUUUACGAUGUGUUCUUGGUGGAUUCGAAAUUCAUGGUCAACGCAAAGAAAUCACUGAGGAAAAAGCCGCAAGACAUGGCAAUUGCGAAUGGCAAUCCGGCGCGUCCCCAGCACCACUCAUUGGUUAUUCAGAAUUCCGAGAGAACGCUCAAGCUGUUGGCCAAGAAUGAGAGGCAACUUAACCAAUUUACCGAGAGUAUCAGGCUCAUGAAAGACAACACCGACUGGGCAAAUGCGCAAAGAUUCGAGGCAUUUGCCCCUGUACGAACCGGGGUGUUUGCACAGUGGUUAGUCGACGGACGUGAUUAUAUGUGGAAUGUCAGUCGCGCAAUUAGCAUGGCUAAAGAUGUUAUUUAUAUUCAUGAUUGGUGGUUGUCGCCGGAAUUAUACCUUCGUCGUCCCGCCGCCGUGUCACAAAAAUGGCGUUUAGAUCGACUUCUCCAGCGGAAAGCCCAGGAAGGCGUUAAGAUUUUCAUCAUCAUCUAUCGCAAUAUCGGGGCUGCUAUUCCGAUUGACUCUACCUACUCCAAAUAUUCUCUUCUUGAUCUUCAUCCAAAUGUCUUUGUUCAACGCUCGCCGAAUCAAAUUCGACAGGCCACCUUCUUCUGGGCUCAUCAUGAGAAGAUACUAAUUGUGGAUCAUAUGGUUGCCUUUCUGGGUGGUAUAGAUUUAUGCUUUGGUCGAUGGGACACACCCCAGCACUCCUUGGUUGAUGAUAAACCGACCGGAUUCGAGGAGGGCAGCAACAGGGCAGACCCGGAUAGUUUUCAACUAUGGCCUGGGAAGGAUUACUCUAACCCUAGGGUUCAAGAUUUCUAUUCACUGGAUAAACCUUAUGAGGAAAUGUAUGCCCGAUCUAAGGUUCCGAGGAUGCCGUGGCAUGAUAUACAUAUGCAAGUAGUCGGACAGCCGGCCCGUGACCUCACUAGGCACUUUGUUCAGAGGUGGAAUUAUCUUCUGCGUCAGAGAACACCUUCACGACCGACCCCGGUACUUCUCCCACCGCCCGAUUUCACACAAGCUGAGCUUGAAUCUCUGGGGAUUGAUGGAACCUGCGAGGUACAGAUCCUUCGAUCAGCGUCUUCCUGGUCACUUGGGACCCCAGCUACUACUGAGUGCAGCAUCAUGAAUGCUUACAUUAAAUCGAUUGAGCUUUCAGAGCAUUUUGUCUACAUUGAGAACCAGUUCUUUAUUACUUCCACUGAAUGGGAGGGAACGAGGAUUGGGAACAAGAUUGGCGACGCCCUCGUCGAGAGAAUCAUUCGCGCCUAUAGAAAGGACGAAGAUUGGAGGGCUAUCGUCCUUAUCCCGCUCAUGCCGGGCUUUCAGAACACUGUAGAUGCCCCGGACGGAACCAGCGUCCGAUUGAUCAUGCAGUGUCAAUACAGGAGUAUUUCUAGAGGUGAAUACUCGAUUUUUGGACGUUUAAGGGCGCAUGGGAUCGAACCUGAAGAGUUCAUUCAGUUCUUUGGUCUUAGGAAUUGGGGGAAGAUUGGGCCCGAGAAGGCGUUGGUAACCGAGCAGUUGUAUAUUCACGCCAAAUGUAUGGUGGUAGAUGACCGCAUUGCUAUCAUUGGUUCCGCAAACAUAAACGAGCGAUCUAUGCUGGGGAACAGAGAUUCGGAAGUGGCCGCAAUUGUCAGAGAUACGGAUACUAUCAUGUCAUCCAUGGCUGGGAAGCCUUUCAGGGUUGGAAAAUUCCCGCAUACGCUUCGACUGAGACUCAUGAGGGAGCAUCUGGGGAUCGAUGUUGAACCGGACAUGUUUAUAGACCCUUUGAAUGAAUCUUUCUAUCAGGGCAUCUGGAACACAUGUGCGCAGAAUAAUACCAAGAUCUAUCGACAGGUCUUUAGGUGUAUGCCUGAUAACGAGGUUAAAACCUGGGCGGCGUACAAGGAAUAUGCGGCAUAUGGCGAGCGGUUUUCUCAAAGUCAGGGUAUCGACAAGAGCAAGAUGCGGAGGCAACAAGAAGCACCCGGGAAGUCGGGUCCGGCAGGGGCAGACUUGCCUGGUGUAGCGGCUGCAAUGGCGGUCCCUGGGGAGAAAAUGUGCGCCCUUGGGGACGAGGUUGGGGAGAAGGUUGGCGCAGCUGCUCAUCAUGUUGGCAAUUCUCAUCCCCAAGGAAAUGCAAAGGAUUUGGCCGUACCCACUGUACAGAGUCAGGAUGAGUUGAAUCGGGUCACGGGCGUUGAUCUAAUGGGUGAAAAGUCGGAGCAUCUGCCCGUUCACGAAAGCAAUAGGCCACGGAGUACUUCCCUCGCAUCGAGUAGAUUGAAUACGGCAGUUACAACGGCCACGACAAGCACUGCGGCCGGCGCACCGAAUUCAAGCCAUUCUCAUGAUUCCUCGGAGAAAAAACUUGACCCCAAUCUCCUGUCUAGUGGGGCUGGAAGCAUUAGCUAUAGCUCCAAUACAAAUCUGAGCAACGGAGGGUCGACCAGGAGGCGGAGAAGGGGCACAACCAGGAGUUCAAAGAGGGAUUUCCAUGCUGGCGAACCGUUGUUGGAGAAAGGUGUUGCGGAGCAAUUGCUGGAUAUGACCCAAGGGCAUUUGGUUGUCUGGCCUCACGAAUGGUUAUCUCGAGAGGAGGAGGGCGGGAAUUGGCUCUAUAGCAUUGAUCAGUUGGCCCCUAUAGAGAUUUACGAUUAAAUUAAGUUAACUCUUCGGUGGGAUUGGAGUCUAGAGGAGUAGGCUAUUUCUUUGUACCAAUAUUGGUGGACUGCUUUCUUGUUUCCCCUCUCGGAUGGAUACCUAUAGUCGUAAUAGAAGCACUAUCUUUUCUUUUUCUUUUUCUAUUUCCUGCGAGUGUUUUUUUUUUUGUUUCGGGUAACCAAUGUAGAGAGGCUUUUCAAGGGGAAAAAGGUUUUUUUUCUAUUCGCUCUCCCCCGCUCGGUAUCUGGAGUUUUAGUUUUUUUCUUCUCCGCCUCUCCUUUUUUUCAUUCCUUCAUAGUAUCAUACCUGUAUUCAUGCAUUGAAUCAUUUUUUUUUGUAAA